CGGCCUCCCAUAGUGCUGGGAUUACAGGUGUGAGCCACCGUGCCUGGCCAGAGGUGAUAGAUUGAAAACAUGUAUUAGGUACUCAGCACUCCUAAUUUUCUUACAGAUACUGACAGCCAGAAGGAGCAUUGUAGUAGGUGGGCUACUACUUUACUUUUGAAGAAUUUUGUUUUAAAAUGUAAUUUGAUGCAACCACUGAUGCUUUUACUGGGGAUGUUUUGCUAUAGUGGAAGGAAACUCAAACUGAGUGUCAGGACCCAAAUUCUACUUGGCUUUGCCACUACUCACCCACAGGAGCAUUUGACCAUUCUGAUCCUCAGUUUCCUUAUCUGUAAAAUGGGUGAGGGAAGAGCUAUAGAUCUUCAGCAGAAGCUCUGUUGCAGUUUAGCAUGCCUCUUAGACAUUUUCUUGGGUGGAAGGGACAAAUGGGGAGCUCUUCAAUAAGCUACAACAUAAAUUUUUGGGGGACGUCAUCCUUUUGGGGAAAUCUUUAUUAUUUAUCUUAAAUAGUUUAGUGACUGCUUAAGCAGUAUUCUUUGGGGACUCUUGGUUUUUAACUAAAGGCAGACCUGUGUGCAGGGCCUUUGGCUGCUGUGCUCCUGGGCUGGGUGCUGUGUCUUGAGCCCCUGUGCAAUGCCUGGCUCAGAGUAGGAGCUCAACAGAUGCCUGUUGACUGAAUAAUAAACGAGUAUCGCAGGAGCUUUUGUUAUGUGCCCUGUGUGGAAUGCAGGGAAGGAAAGGCCCACUCCCUGCCCUUAAGGAGUUUCUAAUCUGUUUGUGAAGACAAGCUGUCAAUCAUUUUAUAGGAGAUAUGUUAUACGGCCAUAUAUGAUUAGUUGCCAAAUGAAGUACUAUUACCUAAGAGUUUAGAGUGACAACAGGGGAUGGAGGGGUGGGAGAUGCCAGGGAAGACUCUGCAAAUGAAUUUUACACUUUGCUCUUGUAAGAGCUGGUGUACUGCCGGCAGCAACAGCAAAAUCUUAAGGGAGGGCUGGUUUUAAAGGAAGAACAAACAUUUGUGUUGAGGUUUAGAUGUCCUCAUGAAAAAAAACUGCUUCCCAACACCCCAGUUUCAUGUGUGGAGUGUGGCUGUCAGCUGUAUCUUCUAGUCUGAGAAGUUUUUGUUCCUGCAAGAUCUGUUGUUCCUCAUGGGCUCCUGAGCACAAGUGAAUUUUCUGCAUCAAACUAGAAAUGAACAAAACAACUUGUUUGGUCACCUGAACUUAUUAAAAUUCCAAGGGACAUGAGUUGUUUAAGAUUUCUUUAUGUCUGUUUUAAGCUAAGUAAUUCAUUCUGGCAAGCAGUUAGUUUACAACAGAGAGGGAGCAUGUUCUGGUGGGAGGGAGAAUAAAAGAGCCUUUGAUUCAUUUGCUUCUGAGUUCCAGCAGCAGGGCCAGGGCUGCCUUGGGCUAGCGUCUUAUUUCGGACUUUGGAAGCCAUCUUAGCCCAGCUGUGUGAGUGCCAGCUUGUGUUGAGGGGGGAGAGAAUAACACCAACGGAUCACAUGAAACUCCCUCUCACUGUGGAUAGAGGGGUUUCUCUCAUUUCACAUUUCUCGCAUCAACAUGGUGCUUAAUUUCCACCAAGUUAGAGCUCCAUCUGAAUUUGCCAUUUGAACUUGGAUUGAAGUCACGAUCUUUCUGUGACUCCUUUUAUCUCAGUCUGCCAACUAACACAGAAAACUUACCAAGUCACAGGUCUCUUUAUUCUCCCCUCUUGGGGUAUAACACCCAUAAAAUUAGCAUUCUUUCUUUUUUAUAUUACCCCUGGCAAAAAGUGGCCCAUUGUACUGUGGAUUUCCAUAUUUAUUAAAUAACUAGGCUCUUCCGUUGCCAGUGGGAUGGCUAUAGGAGCCUCAGUCAAUUGUAGAUGACAAUUUAAGCCUGUAGAAUUGCUGGGGAAAGUCAUUUUUAGUAACUGGAAAUUUUUGCUCAUUCUAGGCUUGUAUGUUUGAGCAUCUUAAAUAAUAGAAGAAUGCCCUAACUGGAAAAAAGAAUCAUUUCUCUUUUAAGCAAUUCACUUAUUCAUGGAGCAAAGUUCUCCCUAGUUUGAAAGUUCUCAUUGCUGAAUAAAGCACACUAUAACCUAAGAGCUUUUGACCUUCUCCCAGCCUGUUUUUAAAAAGAAUUAAGACUAUGCACUGUAAUGCAUGUUUGGUUGUUAUCUCUGUUACAUUAGCUCUUGAAGCAUUCUGAUUACAACUUGUAGCUGCCAAGCCCUGUCCUGCAGUAUUAUCUGGAACAAAAAUUUUCCAUGUGGUUGUUUUUAGCAGAGCUACUAUAUGCAAACUGCACGUGGAGGAUAUAAGUUAUAAAGGAAUAGAACUUCUAGAAGGAGAAAUGCAUGGAAGAGGAGAUGGUUCGUGUUACGCAGUGGCCGUUUAACUGGAGAUCCAGAUGUUUUGGAAUAUUACAAAAAUGAUCAUGCCAAGAAGCCUAUUCGUAUUAUUGAUUUAAAUUUAUGUCAACAAGUAGAUGCUGGAUUGACAUUUAACAAAAAAGAGUUUGAAAACAGCUACAUUUUUGAUAUCAACACUAUUGACCGGAUUUUCUACUUGGUAGCAGACAGCGAGGAGGAGAUGAAUAAGUGGGUUCGUUGUAUUUGUGACAUCUGUGGGUUUAAUCCAACAGAAGAAGAUCCUGUGAAGCCACCUGGCAGCUCCUUACAAGCACCAGCUGAUUUACCCUUAGCUAUAAAUACAGCACCACCAUCCACCCAGGCGGAUUCAUCCUCUGCCACUCUACCUCCUCCAUAUCAGCUAAUCAAUGUUCCACCACACCUGGAAACUCUUGGCAUUCAGGAGGAUCCUCAAGACUACCUGUUGCUCAUCAACUGUCAAAGCAAGAAACCCGAACCCACCAGAACACACGCUGAUUCUGCAAAAUCCACCUCUUCUGAAACAGACUGCAAUGAUAACGUCCCUUCUCAUAAAAAUCCUGCUUCCUCCCAGAGCAAACAUGGAAUGAAUGGCUUUUUUCAGCAGCAAAUGAUAUACGACUCUCCACCUUCACGUGCCACAUCUGCUUCAGUUGACUCCAGCCUUUAUAACCUGCCCAGGAGUUAUUCCCAUGAUGUUUUACCAAAGGUGUCUCCGUCAAGUACUGAAGCAGAUGGAGAACUCUAUGUUUUUAAUACCCCAUCUGGGACAUCGAGUGUAGAGACUCAAAUGAGGCAUGUAUCUAUUAGUUAUGACAUUCCUCCAACACCUGGUAAUACUUAUCAGAUUCCACGAACAUUUCCAGAAGGAACCUUGGGACAGACAUCAAAGCUAGACACUAUUCCAGAUAUUCCUCCACCUCGGCCACCGAAACCACAUCCAGCUCAUGACCGAUCUCCUGUGGAAACGUGUAGUAUCCCACGCACCGCCUCAGACACUGACAAUAGUUACUGUAUCCCUACAGCAGGGAUGCCGCCAUCACGUAGUAAUACCAUUUCCACUGUGGAUUUAAACAAAUUGCGAAAAGAUGCUAGUUCUCAAGACUGCUACGAUAUUCCACGGACAUUUCCAAGUGAUAGAUCUAGUUCACUUGAAGGCUUCCAUAACCAUUUUAAAGUCAAAAAUGUGUUGACAGUGGGAAGUGUUUCAAGUGAAGAACUGGAUGAAAAUUACGUCCCAAUGAAUCCCAAUUCACCACCACGACAACAUUCCAGCAGUUUUACAGAACCAAUUCAGGAAGCCAAUUAUGUGCCAAUGACUCCAGGAACAUUUGAUUUUUCCUCAUUUGGAAUGCAAGUUCCUCCUCCUGCUCAUAUGGGCUUCAGGUCCAGCCCAAAAACCCCUCCCAGAAGGCCAGUUCCUGUUGCAGACUGUGAACCACCCCCCGUGGAUAGGAACCUCAAGCCAGACAGAAAAGGUCAAAGUCCUAAAAUUUUAAGACUCAAACCCCAUGGUUUAGAGCGAACUGAUUCACAAACCAUAGGUGACUUUGCUACAAGAAGAAAGGUCAAGCCAGCACCUUUAGAAAUAAAACCUUUGCCAGAAUGGGAAGAAUUACAAGCCCCAGUUAGAUCUCCCAUCACUAGGAGUUUUGCUCGAGACUCUUCUAGGUUUCCCAUGUCCCCCCGACCAGAUUCAGUGCAUAGCACAACUUCAAGCAGUGACUCACAUGACAGUGAAGAGAAUUAUGUUCCCAUGAACCCAAACCUGUCCAGUGAAGACCCAAAUCUCUUUGGCAGUAACAGUCUUGAUGGAGGAAGCAGCCCUAUGAUCAAGCCCAAAGGAGACAAACAGGUGGAAUACCUAGAUCUCGACUUGGAUUCUGGGAAAUCCACACCACCACGUAAGCAAAAGAGCAGUGGCUCAGGCAGCAGUGUAGCAGAUGAGAGGGUGGAUUAUGUUGUUGUUGACCAACAGAAGACCUUGGCCCUAAAGAGUACCCGGGAAGCCUGGACAGAUGGGAGACAGUCCACAGAAUCAGAAACGCCAACAAAGAGUGUGAAAUGAAAAUAUUGCCUUGCCAUUUCUGAACAAAAGAAAACUGAAUUGUAAAGAUAAAUCCCUUUUGAAGAAUGACUUGACACUUCUACUGUAGGUAGAUCCUCAAAUGAAUAGAGUUGAAGUCAAAGGACCUUUCUGACAUAAUCAAGCAAUUUAGACUUAAGUGGUGCUUUGUGGUAUCUGAACAAUUCAUAACAUGUAAAUAAUGUGGGAAAAUAGUAUUGUUUAGCUCCCAGAGAAACGUUUGUUCCAUAGUUAACACACUCGUAGUAUUACUGUAUUUAUGCACUUUUUCAUCUAAAACAUGGUUUCAGGUAUUCCCAGUGUACCUUACCAUAAUUCCUUUGGGAGUUCUUGUUUGUUGUCACACUACUUUAUAUAACAAUACUAAGUCAACUAAGCUACUUUUAGAUUUGGAAAUUGCUGUUUAAACUACAGUCUAACAACAUUAAAAUGAGAGGUAGAUUCACAAGUUAACUUUCUAACUGAAGCUUCAGGUGAUAACCAUUAGCUUAUACUUGGACUCAUCAUUUGUUGCCUUCAAAAAUGCUGAGGAUAAUAUAUGUACUGGUGUCAGGACCUAGUUCUCUGGUUAAUGUAUGUUUAGUUUUUAAUGGUGGAACUUUGUUAUAUUUUGUUAAUUACAGUGUUUUUGGUUCAUUGAGUGAAGAUUCCGCCGGGUGGGAUCUUGCACCUUUGAAAGACUGAAUAUUACACUACCAAGGAAGCCUGCAAAUCAUUGAUGGCAUGCAGUGAUGAUGUGCUCUUACACUUGUUAACAUGUAUUAAGUGUUAUUUGCAAAAGGUAGAUUAUGUAACUAAUCAGGUACGUACCAGGCAGUGAUGUGCUAAUACACUGAUCAGGUUUAGACAAUGAGCUUUGGUUGUGUUCUUGUUAGUCCUAAUAUUGGUUUUCAGUUUGGAAUUAAUAAAGCAGUUGACAUUCACUGUUAGUUACAGCAA